AUGUCUAUAGACAAGAGUUGGACAUCGUUACCUAAUCGAUUGUGUCCGGAGUACAUAACUGGGGUUCGAGAGUUUAUCCAAAGAGCUCAAAAUUCAACUAAUGCAAAGGGGGAUAUAAGAUGCCCAUGUCGUGAUUGUGGUAAUGUAUAUUGGUAUCCGGCAAGAAUAGUUCAAGCUCAUUUGAUUGAUAGAGGGAUGCAAGAAAUAUAUAAAGAAGAGACUGAGGUUUUGCAUGGUGAAACUAUUAGUGAUCCUCCUGUAGCUAAACAAGUUGCGCCUAAUGCUGAGUUAAAUGACGAUUGUUAUGAUCUAUUGCACGAUAUUGCCAGGUCUAGCUAUGGCCAUGUGGAAAAUGAUGAUGAUGAUGAUGAUGAUCCUAUGGAUGCAUCGACUGAAAUUCCAAGAGGAUCAACAAAUCCUGAACAGUUUGUUGAACUGUUUGAUGAUUUGAAAAAACCUUUAUAUCAUGGUUGUGAAAAGUUUUUGGCGUUGACAUUCGUUGUCAAAUUGAUGCAUAUGAAGGUCAUGAACAAAUGUAGUAACAAAAUGUUUGACAUGUUGCUUAAAUUGUUGAUUGAGACAUUUCCAGAGGCAAAGUUACCGAGUUCACAUUGCGAGACAAAAUCAUAUUUACGCACUCUUGGCUUAGGGUAUGAGCCUAUUCAUGCUUGUAAAUAUGAUUGUGUCUCGUUUUGGAAGGAGAAUGCAAAGUUAGAAGAGUGUCCGAUGUAUAAGAUGAGUCGUUGGGUUGAUAAAGAUACCAAGGGGAAAAAAAUUCCUCAUAAGGUAUUGCGUUACUUUAGGUUGGAGCCUUGUGUAAAACGGUUAUAUCAAUCAAGCCAUAUUGCAAAAGAUAUGAAGUGGCAUGAAGUUGGUCGAAGCAAAACUGAUGGGGUUUUAAGACACCCAACUGAUGGAAAGGCAUGGAAAAAUAUUGACAAGAUGUAG